AUCUUUGCAUCAUGCAUAAUGAAAUGAGAUUAUGAACCUGGGAGUGACCACAAGCGGCAAUUGCGAAUGGGUAGAAUAAGAAACGAGUGUUCCUCAGCUCUACAGUCAGUAACUACAUCAUGUUUCUACAACAGCAGUUGGAGAUCAUUAUGAGGUCCUUUAGAAUCGAUCCCGUUACCCCCACCAUUCCGAAAACACUUUCCAACCCAGCUACCGCUCAGAGUACAGAGACCACAAGGACAGCAGAUGAGCCCAACCGGGAGUGGAAGAGGUCUAAGCCUGACUUUUCGAAUCCCACUGACACAGUCACCUUUUACAUUGGCAGAGAGGCUGAACCAUAUAUCGUACACAGUGAUUCCGCAUGUUAUUAUUCACUAGUCCUGAGGGCCGCCUUUAAUAGCAACUUCAUCGAAGGGGAGGGCACACGAAGACUUAUCACCUGGAUGACACUGAUGUUGAACCAUUCCGAAUCCUUGUUCAAUGGCUCUAUUCGCAGGAUAUUGAUAUCCCAGUUGAAAGUACCGAUAUAUUCGAUCGGUUAAUGGCAAGGGAGAUGAAACGUCCAAGGCUCAUUGGCGUGCUGCUAGAAAAGUCGAAGAAGAGGAUAAGCAACGCUGGGCAGAGGCAGAGGAGCGUUCAUAUGACGUCGCAUGCGCCCUACAAGAAAGGGACCUUGUUCAAGCAUGGAUCCUUGGACAACGACUCCUAAUACCUUCGUUUCAGAAUGUAAUCAUGGCGAUCCUCGAGACGGCUUGGGUUGAAAGUGACUCAAUGCUUGGGUAUAUAGCGUAUGUCUACGAG